GUCGGUUUUGAACUUUACACGAAAACGAGAACGGCGGCGGUGAUUUCCAUCACGAGGCGGACGGCGGCAUGAAGGUCGGCGUGGUGGGGCUUGGGGCCAUCGGGUCUCUCUUCUUUAACCGGAUCCUCCAUCAGAUCAACCCGCGCAACAUGCCGCGAAGCAAGACAGACAGAACCAACCAGAUCUAUGCCCUCGUCAAGCAUGCCCACCUCCCGCACCUGAAGAAGGUGUCCAUCUUGGACCAACAGCGACGCCUCGUGCUAGAGGUACCGACGCAUACGUCGCCGAACGCCGAUGCGUUCUGCACGGACUACUUUGUCCAGCAAGCUCGGUCGCUGGACGCGUUGCUUGUGACCGUCAAAUCCACAGACACGUACGAAGUCGCGGCGCGGCUCAAGGCUGGGAACGCCAUCAACAAAGACUCGUUGGUGAUAUCUCUCCAGAAUGGUCUGGGCAACGUCAAGAUCCUCAAGGACGUGCUCGAGACCGACAAUGUGCUGCACGGUGUCACAUACAUGAGCGGGGUGUCCAUCGGUCCUGGCUCCGUCAUCCAAGGCGGCGCCGGCACGACCAUCAUCCAAAACGCCGAACAUUUGAGUGAUUCCGUCCAGGACACAUUGGGGCACUUGUGUACGCUCUUGGCAGCAUCAGGGAUCCAAUCCCAAUUGGUGCCGUCCCACGACCUGCAAUCGGUCGUGUGGACCAAACUCAUGGUCAACGCGGGGAUUAAUCCCCUUGGCGCGAUUCUGAACGUCCCCAACAAGGUACUACUGGGAAGAAAUCCCUUCAAUAUCGAUAUUCAGAUGGAACGAGAGCGUGGUCACAGGUCAAGACAAUUUGGCGAUCGUCGAAGCCAUCGUGAACGAAGUGGCGGCCGUGGCCAACGCCCAAGGCAUCACGCUCAACCUCCAUGACCAGACGCCGCUGGCAUUCACGACGGCAGCGGCGGCAGCGACGGGCGCCAACUUUUGCUCCAUGUGCGUAGACAUCCAGCGCCGCAAGCCGACGGAAAUCGGGUCCAUUAACGACAUGAUCGUGGCUUAUGGGCAGCAAACUGGAGUUCCCACGCCCUGCAAUGCAUUCCUCACCCACGUUAUCAAAGCCCUUGAGCGAGUAUCGACACUAUCUUAACAAAUGUAGACCAUCCAUAAUCACAAAAGGUGGCUACCGGUAG